GCGGGCGGGGACUGGGGGGGCGUGCAGGUGAGCGGAGUAGCCAGGGGUCGCGGGCAUGGCCGAGGCCAGGAAGCGGCGGGAGCUGCUUCCCCUGAUCUACCAGCAUCUUCUGCAAGCGGGCUAUGUUCGCGCAGCGCGGGAAGUGAAGGAGCAGAGCGCCCAGAAAAGUUUCCCGACUCAGCCGGUCACCCUUCUGGACAUCUACACACACUGGCAACAAACCUCAGAGGUCGGCCAAAAGCGGAAGGCAGAGAACGAUGCAGCGCUGCAGGCCAAGAAGACCCGCGUGUCAGACCCCAUUAGUAGCUCCGAGAGCUCAGACGACGAGGAGGAGGCAGAAGCCCCAAGACUAGUGUCUGCCAACACCUCAGUCGUGGGGGUGGAUUUGCCAUCAAGCAUGAAAGAACAAGGCAAGGCAAAGACCAAGAAAACCAGCAAGGUGGUAAACUCCGUACCACACCCUGCCUCCGGGAAGGUAGUGGCCCACCUCCUUUCUGGGAAGUCACCCAAGAAGUUGGCAGCACCCUUGGCAAAUACCACCUUGGUCUCAGAAACUGAGGAGGAGAGCAGUGUCCCGGCUCCCAGAGCCACUGCCAAGCCUGGGAUGGUGGACCAAGCCGACAGCUCCAGUGAGGACACCUCCAGCUCUAGUGACGAGACAGAUGUGGAGGCGAAACCCUCCCUAAAAACCCCUCCUGCCAAAGCCUCACCAAUCCAAGCCUUGCCAGUCCUUUCCAAGGAGUCUCCAGGGAGAAGGGCAGCCCCAGCCCCUGGGAAGGUGGGGGAUGUGACAACCCAAGUCAGAGGAGGUCCCUCAACCCCAGCCACCGGGACUAAGAAGCCAGAAGAGGAGUCAGAGAGCAGCGAGGAGGAGUCUGAGAGUGAGGAGGAGGCCCCUGUGGAGACCCCCAGCCAGGUAAAGGCCUCGGGGAAAAUUUCCCAGGCUGGAGGUGCCUCUGCCACUGCCAAGGGGCCCCCUGGGAAAGGGGCUGCCAUAGCCACUCCUGUAAAGGCUGGAGCCACCCAGGCCAAGGCAGGGAAGCCAGAGCAAGACUCAGAGAGCAGCAGUGAGGAGGAGUCCAGCAGUGAAGGGGAGACACCUGCGCCCAUGGCCCCACUUCAGAUGAAGCCCUCUGGGAAAGCGUCCCAGGUCAGAGCUGCCUCAGCCCCUGCCAAGGGGUCCCCUGUUAAAGGGGCUGCCCCAGCACCCCCUGGGAAGACAGGGCCUGGAGCCGCUCCGGCAGGAAAGCCAGAGGAGGACUUGCAGAGCAGCAGUGAGGAGGAGUCAGAUAGUGGGGAGGAGACGCCUGCAGCCAAGACCGUAACUGUGAGCACAGCUCAGGCAAAGCCUUCUGGGAAAACCCCCCAGGUCAGACCCACCUCAGCCCUGGGUACGGGGCCUUCAGGGAAAGGGGCCAUCCUAGCGCCCCCUGGGAAGGCAGCACCUGUUGUGCCCCAGGCCCAGGUGGGGAAGCCAGAGGAAGACUCAGAGAGCAGCAGCGAGGAGGAUUCGGACAGUGAGGGGGAGGCACCAGCAGCUGUGACCCCGGUCCAGGCCAAGCCCUCGGGGAAAACCGUCCAGGUCAGACCUGCCUCAGGUCCCAUCAAAGGGCCCUUGGGAAAAGGGGCUACCCCAGUACCCCCUCAGAAGGCAGGGCCUGUAGCUACCCAGGUCAAGGCUGAGAGGCCCAAGGAAGACUCAGAGAGCAGUGAGGAGUCUGAGAGUGAGGAGGAGGCACCAGCAGCCACAACUCCAGCUCAGGCAAAGCCAGCUAUGAAAACUCCCCAACCCAAGGCCUCCCCAAGGAAAAACACCCCCAUCACCCCUGCCUCUGCCAAGCUCCCCCCAAUGCAAGUGGACACCCCAGCCCCCUGGAAAGCAGGCACAGCGACUUCUCCAGCCUGCACAGCAUCCCCAGCUACGGCCAGGGGUGCCCAGAGGCCACAGGAGGAGUCUUCAAGCAGUGAGGGCUCAGAGAGUGAGGAGGAGGAGGAGGAGACUGCUCCUGUGGCAACAGCGGGACCGGCAAAGUCUGUGGGGAAAAACCUCCAAGGCAAAGCUGCCUCCGCCCCUGCCAAGGCACCCUCAGGGCCCGGGACCGCCCCAGUACCCCCUGGGAAGGUAGGGCUUGCAGCUGCCCAGGUCAAAACUGAGACGUACGAAGACUCGGAGAGCAGUGAGGAGGAAUCAGACAGUGAGGAGGCACCUGCAGCUGUGAGUCCAGCACAGGUGAAGGCCUCAGUGAAAACUCCUCAGAUCAAAGCCAACCCAGCUUCUCCCAGAGUGUCUUCAGUCAAAGCGGCAGCAUCAACUUCUGGAAAAGCAAUCACUACAGGUGUUCAAGCCAAACUGGUAUCACCGGCUAAGGCCAGUGGGGCCAAAGCCACAAGAGAGUUGGGGCAGAGAGGAGGACGACCGAGCAGUGAACCCACCCCAGAUAAGGGUCCCACACAGGUAAAGCCGCCGAUGAGAACCCCUCAAAGCAGUGCCAUCUUGGUGCAGGGCCAGGUGUCUGUGCCAGCUGUGGGGAAGGCAGUGGCUGUAGCAGCCCCGGCCAAGACAGGGGCAGUCAGGGGGCCCCAGGAGGAGGACUCAGGGAGCAGCGAGGAGGAGUCAGACAGUGAGGAAGAGGCUCCAGCUCAGGCGAAGCCCUCAAGGAAAGCCCCCCAGGUCAAAGCUGCCUCAGCCUCCACCAAGGGAUCCCCAGGGAAAGGGGCUGCCCCAGCAGCCCCUGGGAAGACAGGGCCUACAGCCACCAAGGCAGGGCAGCUGAAGGAGGACUCAGAGAACAGCAGCGAGGAGGAGUCGGACAGCGAGGAGGAGGCACCAGCAGCUGUGACACCCGCCCAGAUCUUGUCCCCUCGGAAGGAGGAUAACUGCAAACCUGCCAGAAGCAAGACCCUGGCCCCAGCACCCCCAGAGAAGAACGCAGAGGGGUCCUCAGAGAGCAGUGAGGAGGAGCUGCCAUCAGGCCAGGUGAUUAAACCCCCUCUGAUUUUUGUCGACCCUAAUCGUAGUCCGGCUGGCCCAGCUGCUACCCCUGCGCCAGCCCAGGCUGCGGGUGCCCCAAGGAAGGCCCGGGCCUCGGAGAGCACAGCCAGGAGCUCCUCCUCCGAGAGCGAGGAUGAGGACGUGAUCCCAGCCACCCAGUGCUCCACUCCUGUCAUUAAAACCAACGUGGUAGCCAGCAGCAGCAAGGAAUCCAGAGGAGUGGCGGAAGGCAAGCAGCAGAAGGUGCUAGCCCCUCAGGUGACAAAGAAGAACCAGGCUUCCCUUCCACUGACCCAGGCUACGCUGAAGGUCCUUGCUCAGAAGGCCAAUGAGGCCCAGCCUCCUGCUGCCAGGACACAGCCUUCAAGUGGGGUGGGCAGUACUCUAGGAAAAUCCCCUGUGCUGAGUCCCCAGAGCAGCCCUGUCCAGGCCAGAGGCACCAACAAGCCGAAAAACCCCAAGCUUCCUGAGGCCCAGCCAGUUGCAGCCACUGCCUCAAGACACCCCAAAACCAAUGCCUCUCGGACCUCAGAGGACAGUGAGGAGAGCAGUGACAGCUCUUCAGAGAGCAAGCAGGAUGCUGAGGGUGCCCAGAGGGCCAAGGUGGCACACAGGCCAGUAGGUCCAACGCCCUCCGGAAGGGAGACCUUGGUGGAAGAGACCACAGAGUCCAGUGAGGAGGAGGUGGUGGAGCCUUCCCAGUCUCUCCUCUCAGGUUAUGUGACCCCUGGGGUGACCCCAGCCAAUUCCCAGGCUUCCAAGGCCACUCCCAGGCCAGGCCCCAACCCCUCAGUUUCUUCUACUCUGGCCACCAAAGAUGCCCUGGACGGCAAGAUGGAUCCAGAGUCCCAACAAGCAGUAGCCACCAUGUCCCCUAAAACAGGCAGAAGAGAAGCUGCUUCAGGCACCAAGCCUCAGAAGCCUCGGAAGCCCAAAAAGGGGGCUGUGAACACCCCAGCUUCGACACUGGCUCUACAGAGUGACAUCACCCAGCGCCUCCUAAGUGAGGCCUGGCCCCUGAGUGAGGCCCAGGUGCAGGCCUCAGUGGCGAAGGUCCUGGCUGAGUUGCUGGAGCAGAAGAGGAAAAAGGCUGCGGAUGCUGCCAAGGAGAGCAGCAAGAAGGCCCGAGGAGGCCUCAAGCGGAAGCUGUCGGGAGACCAGUUGGCUGCCGGGACCCCCAAGAGCAAGAAGAAAAAGAAGCUGGCAGCCGAGGGUGGUGGGGAGGGUGCUCUUUCCCUAGAAAAGGCCCCCGGGACUCUCAAGGGAAAAUCAAAGAGAGACAAAGCGAGCGGCAACAUCAAAGAGAAGGGGAAGGGAUCUCCUGGCUCCCAGGAGGCCAAGGAAAAGCCAGAAGGGGUUCCAGGAAUGGUGAAGGUGGAGGGUGGAGAUGAAAGCAACCCAAAGAGCAAGAAAGAGAAGAAGAAAUCUGACAAGAAAAAAAAAGACAAGGAAAAAAAGGAAAAGAAGAAGAAAACAAAAAAGGCCUCAACCAAAGACCCUGACUCACCAACCCAGAAGAAAAAGAAAAAAAAGAAGAAGACAGUGGAGCAGACCGCCUGAGGGGCACAGAGCGGCAGGAAUUUCUUAGCCAAGUGGUGACCGUUCCCGCACCUCUGGCCUCUGCCCACCAUGACUUGGAACUGAAUUUUAACUUCCCCUCCAUCCCCAGAAGAAACCAGACUGUCCGCAGCCCAGGGGUGCUGGCCAGGCCAGUGAGCCCUGCAGAGAAGCUGGCCCAGGACGAAGUGUGCCAGCACCUGGGGCCUCCCCUCACCCCCAGCACACAAGACAUCUCUCCAGACACAGGCCGCUCACAGAGAUGUGUACAGUAUAUAUAUAUUUUUUUAGCUGAGCUGCCCCUCCCUGCUCAGGCCCAACAUGCCCGAAGGCUUUGGAACCUCCCACCACUUUGCUGUGCAGGCCCAGGAGGCCCAGCCUGUGACUUGGCCCGUGCCACUUGGUCUCCAGCUGAUGCGGAGGCUUUGUCCUCCUUUUGUCAGUUUCUCCAAGUUUUGUUUUUUUUUUUUUUUUUUUAAAGAACUCAGAAAAUAAAAGGUUUGAAGGAAAGAUACAAGUUCCCGUGCAUGUGGGGCAAGUGCUGUGCAAUUGAUUUACUCUUGGCAAGGAGAGUCUGGCCGACGGGUAGAGGUGAACAAACCAACACUCAGAAUUUGCUCUUGACUGUGUCGAGGCUCUGUGAUACUGGGGUGGGUGGGGCACACAGUGCUGGAGGAAGCAGUCGGUGCAGUUGAGAUGCAGCAAAGCACCCUGGGAGCUGGGGCAGCACGGAAUUGAAUGGAGAGGGCUUCCUGGAGGAGGUGGCAUCUAAGCUAAGGGGGAUUUUUCAGGUGGUCAGGUUUGGUUUCCAGAUGCUACAGUCAUGUGCAGAAACGGAAGGUGGCCUUAUGAGCCACCUUUUGGUGUUAGGACUUGAGCUGGGGGCAGAGGGAGUGACCUUGUUGUGUGUGCAGGGUGUGUUGGAGUACUUACAUAAUAGGGAAUAGCUGUGAGCAGACCCAAUAGAAGCAGGAAAACUAGUUCAGCAUGAGUUACCCUCACAUCCAGGUAGGGAAGGUUCAGUGGUGGUGAAUGCAAAAUGUGGAUGGACUUGAAAGAUACCUAGGGGAGUUAACGUCUUCAGGAUGUGGUGAUGGACUGAGGAAGGGAAAAGCUGCCUCCCACUGACCCAACCCAGGGAUUCAAAGGCCACUUCCCGGGGGCUAGUGCUUGGGCCCAGAGCAGUGUGGAGCGUAAGAAGGCGUGAAGCUUUCAAACUCCAAGGUCUGGCUCCUGCUAGAGACAGCAGGAGGCAAUAGAGAAAAGCAAAGCACUGGGCUAGAGGCGGAGGCCCAGGUUGGCAUCCAUCUAAACCCUGAUCUCAGGACCCUUGGACAAGGCCUUUCCUCUCUCCCCUGUGAGUGUACAGGUCUAGGAUGGAGGCUGCCGAGUGGCGUCCUAAGUGGGCUUUGUUGACCCACAGCAAGUCUUUAAGUUAAAAAUGAGACCUCACUGAGUCAUCUCCAUUUCUGGCUCUUGAAAAGUCAUGAAAUCUGGCAGCAGGGGCCUCCCUUUUGUCCUGGCACCAACCAGCUGAGCCAACUGCGGUCGGGCCUUUAGGUAGGGCAGGGGCACCCCAGCUGUCCACAGCCCACCCCCAUUGUCCUUGACGCAGGCUCUGUGUCAGUGAUAACUGUGUUGCACUCAUACUGUUGUUAGUACAGAAGUGAGAACAGUAAUAUGAGAAAAUGAAGCUGGACCACAAGGACUUUGUGCUUAAAGAAGAAUGAAUGGGCAAGAGCCUGUUUCUUAAUAGUGAGCAUUCCUGUGUGUUAAACCUGCAAACCAAGUGUGUCUGCAAAGCCUACAAGCCCCCGGUCCCACCAGCAUUUGUUUGGGGGCUCCCUGGACUGCGUUCUCCUACCCAGGCAAUAAUUCAAGGUCCACAGCCUUGAGAAGUAUGACCUCAUUGGGGUAAAGGGCUUGAUCCAACAGAGAGUCCGAGCCAAGCGUGUUCCACUACUUACUACCUUUAUUCUUACGUGAGCCAGGUCAAGGCUGAGGACAAGCGUGGGAUGGGCUGAACAUAGGGCAGUGGGAGUUGGCAGGGGGUGAGGAGGGGUUGAGGGUGGAAAGGCUGGCGUCCUGGGUGGGUGGUGCUGGCAAAAGGGAAGAGGGUGGCUCGUCCCGGGGCAGAUAGGCUAGAGAAGCCGAGGCUGGAGGCCAAGUGGGAGAGGAGGAUGGCAAAGCUGCCCCAGGCUGUGGGGGGGCGCUGGUUCCUUCUCCCUGCGCCUUUCCCCUCACCGUAAGCCUGAACUUUGGAGUUCCGCGUUGAGGUUGCUGUGGUGUCAGGAAAGGGGUUAGACUAGCUUUUGGCCACCUCGGGUCUAGGCCCCUUGGUGGGUGGGGAUUGGAUAGCAUGGCUGUCAGACGCCCUCCUGCGUGGCUGUCAUACGCCCUCCUGCGUCGGUGGUCUGUGCUGUUCUGACUUGAUUUGUGAUGUCCAAUGAUGAUGGAGAUCCAGGCACCAGGGUCUCUGAUGGGAUGAGGUUCAGGGUGGGAGACAGAGGGACACAAGGGAAAGGGGAGAGGGGCUCGGACUGAGGGACGCAGGGGUAGCAAGAAAGCUGUGGCCAGGUAGGGGUGGCUGGUUUCAGAAGCUGCUCUGCUGUUCUCAAAUGAGGACUACGGAGAGAAGCAGGAGGUGGAGGUUAGGUCACCUGUGGUCCCUGCCCCUUCUCAGCAUCCUGGGCCCUCAGAACAGCUGAGGAAUCUCCACCCUCUACCGUGCCCUGCUCCAGUACGAGUACUGAUAGCCCCACACACCCCCCAACCCUGUCUCUCGUCUGUGAAGUGACAUCCCAGGGAUGCUGGGAAUGGCCCACGGUCAUGCACAUUGGGCACCCGCCCAAGAGGGAGCAGGCCUGGCUGAAGUUGAGUUGCUGGGGAUAGACCCGCUCUGCAGGGCCCUUACCUUCACCCACACCCUGUUUGGUCAUGUCCACUCCAGAGGACAGGUCCUCCAGUUCCAGUGGCUCUGCAAAGGAGUAGCAGAUGCAUUUGCAGCCCUGCUGUUACCUUUCCCCACCCGUCAGAGAAGUGCCUGUAGGUAGUCCUCAAACUAGCCACUGCCUAGUGCCUGGGAAGGCAGGAGCCAUGGGGUGGCUGCUUGCCGCAUGGCUGUGAGCAUCAGUGAGGGGGCGUGGCUGCAGGCAUGGGAGCAAAAUCCAGGAAGGAAGGUGAUGAAAUGAGGGAAUGCUCUGCAUGUUGCCUAAAUGCGUGAGUGCACAGUGCAUUCAUGGGUUGAAAUACCAGAAGAAAGGAAGGACUGCUAAGCAGAGGGAAAGAAUGAACGAAUGAACAAAUAAAUGAGUGUGGGUAUAAGAGGAGAGAAAUAAUAGAUGGACGGACAGUCAAGGGCGUGGAUGAAGGGGCAGACGCAUGACUGACUGCAUGGCUGCCCCCACAGCUGCCAUCCUGAGGUCCUGGCCCACGUACACCAGGAGGACCUCUUGCCCCUCAACUGCACCAGCCUUCCUGGUCCUGUGACACUCCCUGGCAUAGUAGCCACUGCUUACCACUGCAGUUAUGGUGCCCACGGCUCCUGGUGUGGGGGACCUCGGUGCCGUUGGGGAAGACGCACCAGCAGUAGCCGGUGCUCCCAUAGCACUGGAGUGGCAAAUAGUUGCCGUUCUCGUCGCACUUGGGCCUGUACACGCCCGGGUGGAUGGCAGGGAUGCGGCUGACCUCUUCCUGGCAUUUGGUCAGUGCUGAAGCGACAGGCAUGGUGAAGACACAGUGGGUGAGUAAGCUGGGCUCUCAGAGGGGCUAGAGACCCAUACACCACUGCUGUGUGUCUAAUGCCUUCUGCCCAAGUGGCUACACUCACUCCACCCAUUGCACACAUGUGAAAACAGGCCUGGACCAACAAGGUCCAAGAUCAAAUAGAGUGAAUGAAUGACUGGCUAAUUCAUCCCAGAACUUGGCAGUUUCUUCUGAGACUUUCUCAAUGCCUAGUAAAGUUUGGAAUAGCACCUGUGAUUCUGGUGUCUAGAGAAUAGCAGUGGGCCAUUUGGUAAGUCUGUGCUUCUUGUAUCCAAGUAGAAGUGGGGAUUAGCAUUUGUUAGGGAUGUUCUAGAAGAGAUUCAAGCAUCAGAUAGCAGUUGGCUGAGAUGGCAUCUAAGGUGCAUUCUAGAUUUACAGAUCUAUGAAUGUAUGAUGGAAAAAUCUGAGACUCAGGGGAAGGGGCCGGCAGUGACCGUGCACUGUGGGAAACAAGCACAGAGGAAAGAGACUUGCCCAGAUGUGCACAGCCAAUUAGAGAUAGCACCAGAUGACGACGCAGCACUCUUCAAGGCCUUAGAGCUAAAAUACCUUGGUUUAAAUUUAAAAUACCCUAAAACUGCAAGGUUCUUGUCUGGCACCCACUGGUUGUGACCUUGGGGAGGUCCCCUCUAAAGUGCAGGGAUAGCGAGCCCCUCCCAACUCAAUGGAAAUUGCAGAGUAUAGGGCAGUGAAGUCCAUUAUGAUGAUUCCUGGUGUGUUUUGAUUUGUUUGCCCCAGGCCCCCUUGCACAGAGCCUUCCUCCACAGUGGAGGCCACCUCCUGAAGGGAGGCCUCUACUAGGGGCCCUCAUAGUGUGAAACAACAGACCCCCAGGCAGGAUGGAGCUUUAGGGGCAGUCCAGCCAGACGGAGCAGACAGGAGAGACAGGAAGUGAGAGUCAAGAGAAGUUGGGGGGCCCUGUGGUCUUCAGAUCAGGGAGUGCUCAAGACCCAAACCUCCACAGCUCCAGGAGAGCCUGAGGGAAUGCCCAGGGCCCUGGUACCCCAAAGCACCCUUUUGCUAUACCUUUUGUUGGAGCCUCAGUGGGCUUCUCCUCCACAGAGUUCUUGCUCAUUUCAAACAAGAGCCACUGAUGCAUCCAGUUCUCAAAGGCCUAAUGGGGACAAAGAGGCGGGCAUGGGGAGAAGGGAUGUCAGGCGCACUAGGUGUCUCCAAGCCCUGCCCUGCCUAGUAUUACCCUUGGGCAUGGGGACACCCAGGAGUCCAGCACAGCCUGGUUCCCCCUUAAAAGCCCCAGGACUUUGUCAAGUGGUCCCUCAACUCCGAGCACAUUGAAGUGUUCAGGGCUUUUUAAGUGGUGUUAAGCCUCGUCCAGCUUCCUGAGAAUGACCUCCCUAGCCCACCCCUCAGCCCACCUCUUCUCAGCCCUGCCAAAGACCCACAAGGAAGGGGGUCUAACACAGGGAAAGCUGCUAACCUUCCAGUCCAGGCCAUCCAUGGUGUUCUUAAGGUGCUUCAGGUUCUCCGGUAAGGUGCCCUUCAGCUGCGGGUACACUUUUAGGGGGUCAGUCCUCUGCAGGUGGCAAGGCAAGAAGUAAGGUUAAAAAGGGCUCCGUGGCAAGCAAGGUGAAAUAUGUAGCCCACGUUCCCCUGGUCAUCGAAGGAAUGGACCCAAGCCACACCAAGCCUGGACCUUCGACCUAAGCCAUGAUGGGAGGGUGGGGGAGAAGAUAAGGACAGUCCAGCUGUACGAGAUCCCAGGGCUGGGAGUUGGGGGUCCUGGGUUCCAGGCCCAGGUCUGCCAAUACCCAUCCCCUACCUCCAGUCUUCUACUCCCUGUAGACUCCUACUCAUCUUUCAGGUCUCACCUCCUCCAGGAAGACUUCCUUAACCACCUCAAGCUAGACUGAGUCCCCUGCACUUUCCACAUCAUUGUCCCCUAUGCUAGCCUGAGAUCCCCAUGGAAUCGGGCUGGAUCCAGUUAUUCUCCAUUGUGCGCCCAGAGCCAUGAACAGCACCUGGCACAGAGUAGACAUACAGUAAAAGUUGGGAAGGAGGAAAGGAGUGUCUGAACAAGUUGCAUAUUAAGGCUUUGGACCACGGUUUCUCCAUCUCAGAAAUGGGGGGAGGCUGGACUACAUAUAACAUUUAACGGCCACGCCUGUGUGCCUUCAGAAAUCCAGCGAGCACAUGUGGAUGUCUCCUAUGAGCCAAGCAUGGUGCAGGCCCUUGGAGCAUGGCCAUGCCAGGAUCCUGUGCGGGCAGGCAAGGCCACCGGAGCAGUCCCACUCACCAAGAGCAUAUGCAUGACGUAGUCCUGGGGCAUGUUGCCAUACUUGGUGGCAUUCUGCAUGGGCUGUGGGAGGAAGGAACAGAGGGUUACUAGGUACCAGCACUGGCCCCAGAGGAGGAGACUGAGGGCCCCAGUGGCCUAGAGCAGGAGCCAGCAGCUGGGGUCUGGGGAGAAGUCUGGAGUCCCAGGCACUCAAUAGGCCCAUCUCUGCUAUCUCCAAACAUGAGCUCUUAAGCAAGUCCCUGUACCUUCCCUGCCUCAAUGUCCUCACUGGCCAAACUAGCAUAAUCUUUCCUGCCCACGGCCUUGUCAACAGCAGAGUUCUGUGAACAAGAACCGUAUCAACAUAUAGCAUCAAGUGCUUUGAGAAUGUGAGGGGCCUGUAAGAUACCAUGGAAAAUGAGAAGCACUUAGUAAACUAUAGAGGGCUAGGCCCUCCUCCCCAGCGAUGGUCCCAGGAAGCUCUUCCCCCAGCCCCCAACCCCCACCCCAGAGAGCCCUCUUCUUCCUGAGGUGGGCCCUGCUCCCUCCCACCCUGGGCUUUUCAUGGGUCAGCUGCCUUCCCCUGCCUUCCUUGGUACCUGCCCUCCACCCAGGCAGGGAAACAUUUCUCUUCCCCUGCCCUGGGUUGUCCUUACCCCGUGGGGCAGGGCUUCCAUGGGCAGCGCCCGCAUCAGCAGGGGGGUAGCCAUCCGCAUCUUGCUCAUAGGCAUGGCCGCUGUGGGAACAGGGCGUGUGGCGUGAGUGUGGUCCCAGUGCCCAGGGAGGGGUGAUUCAGAUUCCAGGACUGACACCUUGAACCCAAGUUUGGAGGGACUGGAAGUCCCAACCAGAGGGAGAGAGAAUGGACGUCCGGGAGGUGAGGGAGGAGGGGACAGAGUGGAGGUGGGUACCCACGUUUGGGAAGCUUCAUGCGCAGGUUCUCCAGCUGCAGGUUCUGGGCAGUGACCGUCAGCUUGUCCAGCCGGCCCUGCUGCUGGUACAGGAAGUAGGCGGUGGUGGCCUGUCCUGCCAGGAGCAGAGCCACCAGGACAGAGAAGCCCGUGUAGAGGGCGCCACGGCUGCACUUGCUGUUGGGGAGGAGGAGGAAUAGGGUCAGAGCAGAGGCCAGGGAGGCAGCAGCACCCAGGGCUAGGGAGGGAAGGAAUGUUCCUCCAAUCACCAUCAGCUCCCGAAGCCCCGUAAAGGCACACUCUGAACACAUACGAUAAACUGGCUAGGGAAAUGCAUCUUGAAGACAUUCACUAGGCCCCUACUCCGAGCCAUUGCUUCGCUGAAGUCCUCCCAGAUCUGCCCCUGGCCUGGACUGAGUGGAGAGAGCCGUGUGGCACUGUCUAACCCUGACAGGUCCCUCACCUUCUCUGUCCCACCUCUGCAGUGAGGGAUUGAUGCGGAGGAUCUCCCCAGGUGACCUAAGGAUCAGGGCUGCCCUCAAGGGGAAGGGGGCUUUCAUCCCCCUGCCCUGCAGUGAAAUUAGAUUUAAAGAGAAAAGGGGAAGAAGUGGGAUGGGACAGCAGAGAAUGUGGCCCACUGGAAAGAGAAGUAGGGCUGUGACAUUUUAAGAGUGGACGGGAGGGUGGGCAAGUACCAGGCCCCCAUGGGGCACAUCCUCUGCCCCAGACUCUGCAAGAGUCCCCACCAGUCUUUGGGCCUCACUUCCCUCAUCUAUCACUUGGGGACCUCUCAUCUCAGCAAUUCUAGGUUUAGGUGGUUUUCUUUGAAGCAAGAUCUAACUGUGACCACAGAAGUAUCUCAUGGUCCUGUCCACCCAGGGGGAAUUUCGUCAAGAUAAUAGGUGCCUGAGCCCGUGUGACCUGGGUGGGUAUCUCCCACCGUCUGGACUGGCCAGACCUAGGGAGGCCUUGGAGCGCUGGGCCUUGGACUUGUUUUGGGGUGUGUGUACCUGGGUGUUACAGGUGGGGGAUGUAAGGAUCCUGCCUCAGGUUCCUGAGAGUUCCUGCCCUGACCCACACCAGAGGUGAAGCUACUAGGGCCCAACUGGAAAUUGUCAGGAUGAGACUACACCCUGCUUUUUCCAGCAACUAAACCCAUUGCCAUCAAGUCGAUUCCAACUCAUACACAGCAACUUAAAAAAAAAAAAAAAAGGCAAACAAACCCCUUU